AUGGGACCAGUCAACGCACCUCACUUAUCGCAAUACAAUUUCAGCGUCAACGUAUCAGACAUCGUGUUCGCUAUCAGCAAAAUCCGAGAUACAAAAUGGCCCAAACCAAUACAGUCGGAUCCUUCGCAGAGAAAUUACAACUUGACGUGCGAGUUCCACAACACACACGACCACCGGACCGAGGAUUGCCAUCAACUACGAGAAGAGGUAGCCCGACUGCUCAACAAAGGACACCUCCGAGAAUUCCUCAGCGAUCGGGCCAAAAAUCUAUUUCGAGACAGGGAGACAGCCAAGAAGAAUGAGGCAAACGAACCUCAACACAUCAUCCACAUGAUCAUGGGCGGCGCCGACACCGCGCAAGAACCCAUGAUGAGGAAAACAAAAAUAUCUAUCACAAAGGAGAAACGGACUCGAGGAUACAUCCCCGAUGACACCCUUACCUUCAGUGAAGAGGAUACAGAUGCUUUGUCUCAGCCCCACAACGAUGCUCUGGUAAUUUCCUUCCUUGUAAAUUCUUUCCAGAUAACACGUGUACUCGUGGAUCCAGGUAGCUUGGCCAAUAUUAUCAGGUCAAGGGUAAUAGAACAGCUCGGUUUAACUGAAUGA